AUGUUUAAUAAUAUAUUACCAAAACACAAAUAAAGCAAGGAAUCAGAAUCUAAUAUGGGUUUCUUCGGAUUAGAUUGCAAGAUUUAAUAAAGUAAGCAAAUAAAAAAAUUAAAAAUUGAUGUAAAGUGCAUGUUAAAUUAAGAAUUAUUAGUUAUGAAACCCAAUAAACUAGACUAGCAAAUUCCAGAUGUAAAAGUUGAAUAUUGUUUCUAUGUUGAUCAAAAAUAUUUGAAUGAGAUACCAGCAUUGUAAGAGAAUUUCAAUGCUUAAGAAGAUGUUGUAUAAAUCAUAGCGGUUUGUUCCCUUGGGAUUAAAAUACCAAAUGAUUAAGACUUUCAUUUCUUUUUCGAAUGCUUUGAUUUGCUUAAUUAGAAUUAAACAAAGUUUCGAUAGUCUAUAAACAAUAAACCACAAAAAUAAUUGCAUAGAUUGUUGAUUUGUUCUAUUAUUAUGAAGGUAUAAAAGAUGACUGAUGUAAUCAUUGGAUUGUAUGUGGAUUUGAAUCUCUAUGUCCUGAUGCAAUUGACUUUAAUUACCAUUCAAUACGAAUGCAUGGAAUAUUCAUAAUACUUUUAUUCUUUGCUAUUAUAGUAUUUUCAAUUCUAGGCUGGAAUCUAUCAAAAACAGAUUACCGACCCCUAUUUAUAGAAAUUAAUCAUGAAUGUUGCUUAGGUGCAAAUUUAGCAGAUCAAAGAGGAUAUACUCUUACUCACUUGGGGCUAGAAACAACUAUAGAUAGGAACAUUGUUCUUCAAGAGUAUGUACAAGAAGAUCGAGAAUCGCAAAAAACCCUUUCUGCAACCCUUAUAAAAAUAUCAAUUCUAUAAGACUUCUAGAAAGAGAACAACAACAUCACCAAACACCGAUUAUCCUCAUUAUUAUUAGUUAUUAGAUGAGGCAUAAGGGAAAUAGUUUCUAGUGGCUUAUCAGGAAUCACCUCACAGUGAGAUAUUGAUAUUUGAAAAAGAUUAAUUAUAAUAUAUCAAAUAUUCAGAAGAAUAUGUUGGAGUCAUAGAAAGAAAUUUCUGGGGAACUGUGUUUCACAUUUAUGAUUAUGGUUACCCAAAGGAAGCAGCUGGAAGGAUCCCUAAGUAUUUUGGAUAAGAGAGAAGAGAAUUGGUUGUCAUCCAAUAUCAAACUAAUAUCAUGGCAACAUAGCCAAGAAAAUUCACGGCAAGUAUGUUGAAUCUAAUUGAAAAUUAAAUUGUAUAAUUAGCUUAGAUGGACCCUGUGUAUAAUGAGGAAAAGGAGUGUUAUUAAUUGAAUUUCUUUGGAAGAGCAAAACGAGCUUCAGCCAGAAACUUUGAGAUUAUUGAUCCCCAAGAUUAGAAUAUUAUUUAUUUGUUGCAUGGGAAGUGGGAGAAGAACCUUUUUAAUGUAGAUUACAGAUUUCCAAUGAGUAUGCUCUAAGCCUUUUGCUUUUCUUUGAGCUCUAUCAGUAAGAAAUUCUUGGUUUAAUGAAAUUGUUAUGUAUAUUUCAAAUUAGAAAGAAAGUAUUAUUAUUUAAAGAUUA